AAAAAGCAAACCCCAAAAAAGUGUCCUUCCAGGUCGUCUUUGUGUCUUAAUAAUCCAUCUACAAAGAAUCUCCAGUUUUUCGGUGUGACAAAUUGUGCAUCACCAGAACAAUGAUUUCGAUCACAAUAUUACUGAUCAUCGUUUCGGCUGUGGCGUGGGUGCUGCAUUUGGUGCAACCUUCAACAAAAUUUAAGCGCCUAGGUGCCUUAAUCCCAGGACCAAAACCUUAUCCACUCUUGGGAAAUAUACCAAAUGCUGGAGUCGACUCGAAACGCAUUAAUUCUGUUUUGAGUGGGAUUGCUGAUAAGUACGGAAGGACAUUUAGAAUGUUCCUUGGCCAGGAUUUAAUGAUAUUCCUCUCCGACCCGGAGGAUGUCGAGUUUAUUCUGAGCAAAAGUAAACAACUGACUAAAAGUAGAAAUUCUAUGAUAGCAGGGAAACCUUGGAUAGGCGAGGGUCUUCUCAUAGGACCAGAGGAUAAAUGGAAAAUGAACAGGAGACGUUUGUUACCGGCAUUUCACCUGAAAAUCAUUGAAAAUUUUGUGCCAGUCUUUCAUAAAAACAGCGAAAAGCUCAUUGAGGAGAUGAGCGCUUUUGUUGAUAAAGGGGAGGUUGAUAUCACCGAACCCUCUGCUAAAUUUGCUCUCCGAAACAUAUGCGAGACAGCCAUGGGUAUUAGCCUAGACUCAAUAUCAGACGAUGAUUUCUACUCAAAAGCAGUUGGCGAGCUCAACGCAAUAUUCGCCACAAAAAUUUUCGUCCCUCUUUUUAAGAACAAACUUUUUUACAACUUACAUCCUCUCGGUAGGAGAGAAAAACAACUUCUACACUACAUUGACAGCAUUACAGAAAAGGUUAUUCGAUCGCGAAGGGCUGAGUGCAGAAAAUGGGAUGUUGAAGACGGUAACGAUGAACACCUUGCAGAGGGACAGAGAAGGCGAUUAAUUUUCUUGGAUCUUAUGCUUCAUAUUCAAAAAGAGGACAGUUCUUUCACGGAUCAACAAAUCCGAGAUGAAGUCAAUACGCUCAUGUUUGCCGGACAUGAUACAGUCUCUGCGACGACAUCGUUUUGUUUGCAUUUGCUGUCAAAGCAUCCAGAGGUUCAGGAGAAGAUUUACGAAGAAAUCAAUGCAAUCCUAGGAGGAAGUGACAGACCUCCAAGUCUCAAAGACUUGCAAGAAAUGAAGUACUUGGAGCAAGUCAUCAAAGAAACUUUACGAAUGUACUCGUCCGUCCCAAUGAUAGGUCGCUGCGCAAACGCAGACUUACAAUUGAAAAAUGGCCUUAUAAUUCCACAGAACGCUGAUAUUGUUUUAUGGUUGCACCGGAUGCACAAUGAUUCGCAACUGUACCCAAAUCCGUCAGUUUUUAAUCCAGAUAAUUUUUCGCCAGAAAAUGUGCAGAAAAGACACCCGUAUUCGUUUUUACCCUUCGGAGGAGGAUCCAGGGAUUGUAUCGGUAUGAAAUACGCUUACAAUGAGCUGAAAGUGGGACUUUCUAAUCUCGCGAGGAAUUUCAUUUUCCUUCCAUCCGAGACACAAACGGAGCUGUAUUUAAUAACAGAAAUAGUGCUGAAAACUGACUCGGGCAUUCAUAUGAAAAUCAAACGACGAUAACACCUUUUUAGACGUACGGCUGCUGUAAACUCAACGGUCACGAAAAAUAUUUUAGUGUAUUCAAAUGUUUGACAAUUUUCAAAGUGAUAGCAAUUGGGAAACUUCUUUGUAGGUACCUAAAAUUAUUCUCAAAGAAGGCUUUUAACAUUUUAUUUAACCCAGAAACAUUACGAACGUGUCGGCAUUUAAGUGUGUCUUGAUCGUGUAAUCUCAGCCUUGCAUACAAAUUAAACAGCUGAAACAUUAAAA